UAACUUAAAUGAACUAAUUUGCCAAUUACUUAGAAUAUUACACUCAACGAGACCUUCCAUACAGUCAGAGAUCCCCUAAAGCAAAAGAAAUAAAAAAGGAAUGGAAUUUUAGUCCACAAUUCAGUCCUCAUCGAUCUCGAUUUAAUCUAAAUGACUCAUAACUAGAUAGUGAAUCUUAAAAUUAAAGAACUAUAGUGAAUAGUAAAAUAAAAUAGAGAAACAAAAUUGAGGAUAAGGAAAAUUUAAUAAAUCGAUAAAAUAUUGUUUUGAACUAGUAAAUGAAAAAGUGUUAGAAAUUAAUGAGUCCUCGAAAAGAAAAAAAGAAUUUAAUAGAGAGUUCGUAUUUAUUACCAAUAGAUCAAAUCUUAACUAUUAGUAUAUAGUCAUCAACAGAUGAGAAUAUUGUGGAGAUAGAUUCUGUGAAAAAAUCAUCUGAAAAUUAAAUAAAUAAUUAUUAGGUUUAAGAAUUCGAAGAUAAUUCUUAUAAUAAUGAGAGUGUGCAUUAAUCAUUUAAAAAAAUAAAAAUUUAAGAUGAUUAUUAUUCAAAAGUAAGUCUAUAAUUAUGAAUUUUAAAAGGAUUACAAUAAGCAAUUAAAAUUAGAAGAUGAUUUCGAAUAGAUUAAUAGUUUUAGAUAGCACAUAUAAACCCCUAGAUAAUAAUAGAUGAAGAAUAUCAGUUUUGUUAUGUAUAAGAAAUAAGUGGAGGGUAGAUUUUGA